GAACCGCUGAAGCCGGGAUGAUGCCGUCGCGUCUCUUCAGGCUCCACGGCCUGUUCGUCGCCUCUCAUCCCUGGGAGGUGAUCCUGGGGACGGUUGCGGUCACCAUGUGUCUGAUGUCCAUGAACGCCAUCGCUGCCAGCGACCAGAUCUGUGGCUGGAACCAUCAGUGUCCCAAAGCACAGGAGAAAGUUCUAAGCGGCGACGUGAACAUUUUAACCAUUACGAGAUGCGUCGCCAUCGUUUACAUCUACUUCCAGUUCAAAAACCUCCGUCAGCUCGGCUCCAAAUACAUACUGGGUAUCGCUGGCCUCUUCACCGUCUUCUCCAGCUUUGUGUUCAGCACCGUGGUCGUUCAGUUUCUGGGCAAAGAGCUCACAGGACUGAACGAGGCUCUGCCGUUCUUCCUGUUGCUGAUCGACCUGUCCAAAGCCUGCGCGCUGGCCAAGUUCGCUCUCAGCUCAAACUCGCAGGAGGAGGUCAGAGAGAAUAUUGCUAAAGGCAUGGCCAUCCUGGGUCCUACGUUCACCCUGGACGCGCUGGUGGAGUGUCUGGUCAUCGGUGUGGGAACAAUGUCCGGCGUGCGUCAGCUGGAGAUCAUGUGCUGUUUCGGCUGCAUGUCGGUUCUGGCCAAUUACUUCGUGUUCAUGACCUUCUUCCCUGCCUGUGUGUCGCUGGUGUUAGAGCUGUCCCGUGAGAGCCGCGAGGGCCGGCCCGUCUGGCAGCUCAGCCAUUUCGCUCGGGUUCUGGAGGAGGAAGAGGGAAACAAGCCAAACCCCGUCACUCAGAAGGUCAAAAUGAUCAUGUCUUUGGGUCUGGCGCUGGUUCACGCUCGGAGUCGACUCGCGACCGAAUCCCCGCCGCACAACACGAGCAGCUCAGACGUGGUUCUGCCCGCGCAGAACACGGAGUCCGACAGAACCAUGUCCAGUGUGGAUCUGGAGCAGGUCAUCACGCUCUCUCUCGCUCUGUUGUUGGCGGCAAAGUAUGUGUUUUUUGAGCAGGCCGAAACGGAAUCCUCCCUGUCGAUUAAAUCCCACGUGGCCACGCCCAGCUGCUCCCCGACCAAUAGGAGAGGAGGGGAGCACUGUCAGAGGAUUGGGCCCGCCCAAAGCCCUGAUGGGGUCCCUGCGAAUAAAAGUGAACGAGAGCCGCCUGAUCCGUCAGACGGAGAUGGUGAGGAGGAGAAAAGUGACGAGCUUCAGUCUCAGCAGCGCGCCCCUGUGGACGAGUGUCUGAGGAUUCUUAAAGACCCUAAAAGAGGAGCUCGUUGUCUCUCUAACGCCGAGGUGAUGGCACUAGUGGAGUGCAGGGGCAUUCUGGGAUACCGUCUGGAAGCGGUGAUGGAGAGUCCAGAGAGAGGCGUGGCGGUGCGCAGAGAAAUGCUGUCCUCUAAACUCCCGGACAGGUGUGCGCUGGAGAACCUGCCCUACAGACACUACGACUACUCGAAGGUGAUUGGCACUAACUGCGAGAAUGUGAUUGGCUAUGUACCUGUGCCGGUGGGCGUGGCCGGACCACUCCUAUUGGACGGGAAAGAGUUCCACGUCCCCAUGGCAACGACAGAAGGCUGUUUAGUGGCCAGCACUAACCGAGGAUGCAGAGCCAUCACAUUGUCGGGGGGCGUGAGCAGCCGUGUCCUGGCGGACGGGAUGACUCGAGGGCCGGUGGUUCAGAUGCCGUCGUGCGUGUCGAAAGCGGCGGAGGUCAAGGGCUGGCUGGAGAGUCCGGAGGGCUUCGGUGCCAUCAAACAGGCCUUCGAUCACACCAGCAGGUUUGCUCGUCUGGACCGCCUGCAGGUCAGUCUGGCCGGGAGGAACCUGUACAUCCGCUCCAGUCUCAGACCGGAGACGCCAUGGGCAUGAACAUGCUGU